UAACAAAUACAAUUUUUUUAAACGUAAUUUAAGGAAAAUCCAGGAGUAAAAACCACACAGCCAAAAUGAGUUUCUUUGGAAAAAUGUUCGGUGGCAAAAAGGAACAGGCGCCCACAACUGGCGAGGCCAUACAAAAGUUGCGUGAGACCGAAAAUAUGCUGAUCAAAAAGCAAGAAUUUCUAGAAUCAAAAAUAGAAGAGGAAUUGAAUAUAGCCAGGAAAAAUGCUUCCAAAAACAAAAGAGUGGCCUUACAAGCUUUGAAAAAGAAGAAACGCUUAGAAAAACAAUUGCAACAAAUUGAUGGCACGCUAUCAACAAUUGAAAUGCAGCGUGAAGCACUGGAAAGUGCCAACACAAAUACUGCUGUGUUAACAACAAUGAAGAAUGCCGCAGAUGCCCUCAAAGCCGCCCAUCAAAAUAUGGAUGUCGACAAGGUUCACGAUAUGAUGGACGAUAUUGCCGAACAACAAGAUGUGGCUCGUGAAAUUUCCGAUGCCAUUUCAAAUCCAGUUGCCUUUGGUGCUGAUAUUGAUGACGAAGAUUUGGAGCGUGAAUUGGAUGAAUUAGAACAAGAGAACUUUGACAAGGAAAUUAUUGGCAUACCCGAACCAUCUGCCACAUUACCCGAAGUUCCAGAUGAAGAUGUUAGCGAAAAAGCCAAAGAAAAGAAAAAAGCAACAACAACAAAUGCCACAGCAGCAGCCGCCGCCGAUGAUGAUGAUCCCGAUAUGAAACAAUUAUUGGCCUGGGCUAAUUAAAAAACAGAAACAAAUAGCGUAAACGUUUGAUAUCUCAUCUAA